UUUCGCAAACGAUAACUGAGAUUUCAAACUUCCAUCCUGUAAUCAUCCCUGUUCUCUUUUUUAUUUGUUUUCAAGGCAGUUGCUAACAAUCUAGUCAAACUUAAUGGAUUGCAAUGCUUCUAAAAUUCACUGCCAAACAGUAGCUCAGUUUCUCAAAGAAAACCUACACAUUUAUGUGAAAGCUGUACACACGGUGAAAAUCUGCGCCAAAAGAGUAUCGCUAUGAUAGUAUCCAACGUGAACCUUAGCUGCACAGAGGGUAACAGUGCUUGGUGUGUCAGCAACAAUGACGGGAACGUAGAGGCACCCUCAAAUAACGACCUGACCCCAACCGGACACCUGAUUGUUGCCGUGUGUUUAGGUAUAAUUGGAAGUCUUGGCUUUUCUAGCAAUUUUCUUGUUCUGCUGCUGUUCUGCCGCUACAAAGUGCUGCGCUCACCCAUAAACCUGCUUCUGAUGAAUAUUUCAGUCAGUGAUAUGCUGGUCUGUGCGGUGGGCACUCCGUUUAGCUUCGCAGCGAGCACGCAGGGACGCUGGCUCAUAGGGAAAUCUGGAUGCGUCUGGUAUGGGUUCGUCAAUUCUUGCUUGGGUAUGGUGUCUCUUAUCUCCCUGGCUGUCCUUUCCUAUGAACGGUACAGUACAAUGAUGGGCUCAACAGAAGCAGAUGCAACCAACUACAGGAAAAUUGGUGUUGGAAUAAUGCUGUCCUGGGGGUAUUCUUUGCUGUGGACUUUGCCACCACUCUUUGGCUGGAGCAGCUAUGGUCCGGAAGGACCUGGAACUACAUGCUCUGUGAACUGGAAAGCAAAGGAUGUGAACAAUAUCUCCUACAUCGUGUGCCUCUUUGUUUUCUGCCUCGUUCUUCCUUUCUUUGUCAUCAUCUACAGUUAUGGUAAGCUGUUGCUCACAGUCAAACAGGUCAGUGUCAUCAGCACCGUUGUGGGACGUUCCCGGGAGCAGCGCAUUCUCUUCAUGGUGCUAGCCAUGGUGAUUUGCUUCCUGCUGUGCUGGCUGCCCUAUGGGAUUGUCGCCCUCCUGGCCACUUUCGGGAAGUCUGGCCUUGUGACUCCAGAGGCCAGCAUCAUCCCAUCCCUUCUCGCAAAGUCCAGCACAGUUUUCAACCCUAUCAUAUACAUAUUCUUGAACAAGCAGUUCUACAGAUGUUUCCGUGCUUUCCUGAUGUGCCAGCGCCCAGCGAAUGGCUCCAGCGUUAGGAGUUCAUCCAAGACCACGAAGCCGUGCCGUGCUGCUCGCCGGGCUAUCAAUGACAACCGCAACUUUGUGGUGACUUCUGCGGGUCGCCAUUCCACUCUCAUCCAGAACCGCACCGACAGCGUGGGCGAGAGGGGGUCCUCUUGGGACGCAUCAAAGCCGCCCGUGUUGCUUGUAGCUCAUUACAAUGGCUGAUUGCAGACCUACAGUAGGUGUCGAUGGAUCCGGAAUCGAUGUGGAAGCAGUUCUCUCGCUGAAACAUGCCAAUGAGACCAUUUUUAACGGGUAUUUUAUUUUUUUAUAUUAAACUGAUCAAAACUUAAGGGCCAUUUUAGAGAAACGGUUAUUUUUUAUGUUAAGCAAUUAACUAAUCCGGUUUAGCAUUUUCAUGCUUUACACAUCUGCAAUAAUCUAUAGGAUGUACUGUAUAUAUGUAAAAUACAAAUGCAGAAGGAGGCGUACACUCGGUGGAGGUACAAAUACUGAUCAGGGAUUAUUUAUUGGGCAUGCGAUAAUGAUAUUGAUAAAUACUGAUAUAAAAUAUUGAUAAAAUAAUGAUUAUGUUAAUUGAUCUUAUAAUAUAGCUUGCAGUUCCUUUCAGAAGUACUUUUAACACACAAUAUAACUCUUAAACUUAGCCUAAUUAAAAUAUUAUCAGCACAUAAUAUCAUAAACCAAUAUACUAUGAAACUCCUAGUUUGAGAUGGGAAGACCACAAAAAGUACAUAUCCUAUGUUUAUGAAUAUGAACUAAUAUUAAUACAAAUAUGAAUAUAGAGCUAUAUGCAUACUUAAUACAAAAUAUAUGCAGAUCUGAUUAAAAGCUCGAGUCAAAAUAAGUCCAUAUACUGUAUAACUUACUGUAAGUUGUCAAGACACAAUUUUGUGCAUCACAUAUUCCUAGAAAUAUGUGGGUAUUUGGCUGUUUUGUGAAACAACUUUACCCUUUUUUACAAAUUUGAAUAUGCAAAAGAGAUCAAGAUGAACCAUUUGUCAGAAUACUGUAGAUAAGGAGACUGCAGAUCUCUUGGUUUGUAUCCUUAACAUAAACAUUUUCUUUCAUUUGUAAAACAAAUAUUAUUCAAACAAUGCUGGGCUAUCCUCACCAAGUAUAUUCUGUGGUGUUCGGUAUGGUUAGGCGAAUUUAAUAUUCUGUGUUCACUUUCAGCUCAGUGCAAUUCCGAAAUGGUCAAAAAAGAACUUAGGACGGGUAGUUGAGAACAUGCAAGUUUAUUUUAAAUGUAUUUUAUUCUAUUCAUCAGCUGUUUGUUGGCAUAAAAUGAGCGAUGUGGUGUAUCCAGAGAAGGUUAAUUUUCUUUUUAUAGCUAUUGACUUAAAUGUACAACAGCUCAAUAUUAGUGAUCCUCUGGUCUGGGAAGCUUCUUGAAAAUAUUAAGGUCUGAAUGUAUUUUUUUUUUCCUGUAACAUAAUCAGAGUUAUAAUAAACAGUGUUUACCCUUCAUACGCUACAUACAGAUUUUUAAGAAUACUGUAGAUAUGUGAGGGAGUAAGAGGCUUUAAGAGAAAUCCAUUGAUUACGGAGAAAAGCCAAGGUAACAGCUAGAAAGCGGGAGAGAGGGCUGUGUGGAAUUGACAAUGCAUCUGUGCUAGCUGAGGGUGUAUAACAACAGCCAGGAGGAAGGGCAUUUAGUCUGUCUCUGGGACCAGCAGAGGAAGGGCUUGAAAGCAAUUGGUUGAGCUGGCUUACAUGCCUGUGGGGUGUCAAGUGCUGGACAGAAGGUAUGCGUGGUCAUUUGUAUGCGAAGCAUAAGGAGAGAAGGUCUACACGGCUCAGCUGUAGUCCUGAGUACUCCCAGGUGAGAGCAUCCAGAGACCGGCGUGUGUUCUGAGUGCGAGAAAUAAGAGAGAACAACCCAGCUGCAGAUGUGUCAAAGGGUGCAAAUGGUCAUUAUGGGUGGCGUGGUGUCCCUGGCCAAACAGGAUUGAAUUUUGUGCUUGGGGGGAAGAUAGGGAGUGAAGAGUUGAAAAAGCAGACAUGGUUAAGGAAGUGAGUAUUGGGAUUACAUGAUAUGGAGUGAAUCAGGUAGAAUUUUCCAGUGAUGCUGUGCAUUGAAGGAAAGAACUGUGAGAAGAAUCAAGAAACAUACGAUUAUCCAAACUUCCCUGAUAGUUCUGUCCGUGAGGGUUGAUGACAGACUAGUUAAAAUGCAGAAAACUAAGGUGACGUGCUGGUAGAGUUGUGAUUAGUCGUGAAAUGUUGGCACUGUCAUAAAAUGGUUUAGGUCUGUUCCUCAGAUUAGAAAUAAAUGGAGACCUUAUAAUUCUGUGUGAAAUUUGAAAGUAAUUCUUCUUUGUGUUAAAUUCAAUUCAAUUCAAUUAAACUUUAUUGUCAUUAAACUUACACAGGUGC